GUGCGCGUGCGCAGUCGAAGCGGAUCCCAAACGGAAUUUGAGCCGUGUCGCAGCCGAUACGGGUUGAGUCGGAGGUGGUGGGCACCAUGCUGUCACCCGAGGCGGAGCGGGUGCUGCGGUACCUGGUGGAGGUGGAAGAGCUCGCCGAGGAGGUGCUGGCGGACAAGCGUCAGAUUGUGGACCUGGACACCAAAAGAAAUCAGAACCGGGAGGGGCUACGGGCCCUGCAGAAGGAUCUCAGCCUCUCUGAGGAUGUGAUGGUUUGCUUCGGGAACGUGUUUAUCAAGAUGCCUCACCCGCAGACGAAGGAAAUGAUUGAGAAAGAUCAGGAUCAUCUGGAUAAAGAAAUAGAGAGACUCCGGAAACAACUUAAAGUGAAGGUCAACCGCCUCUUUGAGGCCCAAGGCAAACCAGAGCUGAAGGGUUUUAACUUGAACCCCCUCAGCCAGGAUGAACUUAAAGCUCUCAAGAUCAUCUUAAAAGGAUGAAAUUCAGGAACCAAGACGGGGGACCUAAGACAGGAUCCCCCCUCUGUGGUCAUGGAGGACCCAGGACUCUCCAGCUUUAUAACCUGCAAGGAUAUGAUUGCCCUGCUAGGAGACAGGCGUCAGCAGUCUGCGCAUGAGAAGCCUCUGUCUGUGGGGAUUGGCUGCUCUGUGACGGCAGGAGGGAGCCCUCAGCCUGCCAGUGUCUGCUGGGUCCGACCGCUGGAGCUGGAUGGACACAAGACCCAUUGAUAGGCCCCGGCAGCCACCAGUGGGUGGGGGCCGUGCCGGUGGAGGGGUGAGAGUGACCGCAGCAGGCACUUGGAACAAGGGCCUGCUGUUCACAUGGGCCCCUGGCAGCGGCGGGCAGCGGUGGAGAGCAUCAUUCCUGCAUUCCUUUCAGGAAGAGAGGCAUUCUCAGGCAGCAUGCAGUGGAACUGGAAUAAAGCGGGAGGCUCACAGGUGGUUUCUGAAUGAGGGACAGAAUCUUGGGGCUUUGUAGGUCACGGCAGCCAUCUGUGGGGCAGACACGCCGUUCCCCACCAUGGCCUCCGCUUUGGGCUUUUCCUGCUUGCGCCUGGGAUGGAGCCCAGAGCGGAUGCUGCGGAUCAGACUCUGCCGGCUGUUUAGUCAGGAAGGCCUCCCGCGGUCCUGCAGCAGGGGUGGGGCAGGGAGCUGCCGCCUCGCCUCGUGUGGCCCUCCGCCACUCUGGCCACUCUGACGGCAGGGCUGGGCCAGACCGCCCAGUGUUCCCGCCCGCCGGCCUUUAGCGGUCUCUCGGAUCCUGGGGUGAAUGUGCUGUGCAGGCAGCACCGUGUCUUUCCUGUUCAUUGAGGGCUUAAUAAACAUCUCCUAAAUAAAC